CCAGCUGCUGGCCUCCCCAGCAUGAGCCGCCAAUUCACCUACAAGCUGGGAGCUGCCACCAAGGGGGGCUUCAGUGGCUGCUCAGCUGUGCUCUCGGGAGGCAGCUCGUCCUCCUACCGGGCAGGGGGCAAAGGGCUCAGCGGGGGCUUCGGAAGCCGGAGCCUCUAUAGCCUGGGCGGAGCCCGCAGCAUCUCCUUCAACGUGGGCAGCUGCAGCGGGCGGGUAGGGGGCUAUGGGUUUAGCCGAGGCCGAGCCAGAGGCUUUGCCGGCAGCAUGUUUGGCAGUGUGGCCCUGGGGCCCGUGUGCCCGACUGUGUGCCCUCCGGUGGGCAUCCACCCGGUCACCAUCCACAAGAGCCUCCUGGCCCCGCUCAAUGUGGAGCUGGACCCCGAGAUCCAGAAAGUGCGCGCCCAGGAGCGGGAGCAGAUCAAGGCGCUGAACGACAAGUUUGCCUCCUUCAUUGACAAGGUGCGGUUCCUGGAGCAGCAGAACCAGGUGCUGGAGACCAAGUGGCAGCUGCUGCAGCAGCUGGACCUGAACAACUGUAAGAACAACCUGGAGCCCAUCCUCGAGGGCUACAUCGGCAACCUGCGGAAGCAGCUGGAGACGCUGUCCGGGGACCGGGUGAGGCUGGACUCGGAGCUGAGGAGCGUGCGGGACGUGGUGGAGGACUACAAGAAGAGGUAUGAGGAGGAAAUAAAUAAGCUCACAACUGCUGAGAAUGAAUUUGUGGUGCUUAAGAAGGACAUGGACAUGGCUUACGUGAGCAAGGUGGAGCUGCAGGCCAAGGUCGAUGCCCUGGAUAGAGAAAUCAUGUUCUUCAAGAGCUUGUAUGAGGGGGAGGUCGCUCAGAUCCAGUCCCACGUCAGCGACACGUCCGUGGUCCUGUCCAUGGACAACAACCGGGACCUGGACCUGGACAGCGUCAUCGCCGAGGUCCGGGCCCAGUACGAGGAGAUCGCUCUCAAGAGCAAGGCUGAGGCGGAGGCGCUGCACCAGACCAAGUUCCAGGAGCUGCAGCUGGCGGCCGGCCAGCAUGGGGAUGACCUCAGACACACCAAGAAUGAGAUCUCAGAGCUGAUCCGGCUCACCCAAAGGCUGCGCUCGGAGAUUGAGAGUGUGAAGAAGCAAUGUUCCAACCUGGAGACGGCUAUAGCCGAUGCUGAGCAGCGGGGCGACUGCACCCUGAAGGACGCCCGGGCCAAGCUGGACGAGCUGGAGGCCGCCCUGCUCCAGGCCAAGGAGGAGCUGGCCAGGAUGAUGCGCGAGCACCAGGAGCUGAUGAGCACCAAGCUGGCCCUGGACGUGGAGAUCGCCGCCUACCGCAAGCUGCUGGAGGGCGAGGAGUGCCGGAUGUCUAGAGGAUACACCAAUUCUGUGAGCAUAUCGGUCAUCAGCAGCUCCACGGCCGGGACCACGGGUGCCGAAGCUGGCUUUGGGUUCAGCGUUGCCGGCGCCUACGGCUAUCGGCCCAGAUCUGUUGGCGGGGGCUAUGGCAUCCUGUCUGGGGGCUGUGUCACUGGCAGUGGGAAUUGCAGCCCCCAGGGGGUGGCCAAAACCAGGCUGGGGAGUGCAAGUGAAUUCAAGAACCCACUGGGGAAGACCCCAGCUCUGAGCUCACCUACCAAGAAAACCACAAGAUAAAGUGAAAGAUAGCUGUCCAGACACCUUGCUCUGGUUUCUCCUGGUCUCUCUCAUCUAGGAAAUUCCUCCAUCACAUUUGUCAUCAUCUCGUCCUUGCUUUACAUUGCCACUGACACCUCCUUUCUUGCAACUCUCUGCUUUGGUCUUUCUUAAUGAAGAAUCAGGAUUCUAGCCCAUUCUUCUGCCUUCGUACCAAGAGGCCUCUUAACCCAGCAUCUCCUUCCUGCAGCAUUGCCAAGAAUAAAGACUUGACCCUUUCUCUGGCUGCACGCCCCUUUGCAGAUGAAAGUUUUCUCUCAAGGUCAAUCCCAGUCCUCCUGCUGUCCCUUCCUUGCCCUGGCUUAGUAGUUAUUUGGCCAUGUGCUCCAUGGGAACAGGAGAUUACAGGUCCACUGAUCGACCUGCAAGGACUGUCUCUUGUUAGAGCAACAUCAGCUCUGGGGAAAUACCUGGUUAUCAGUUGUACCUUGCAUGGUCCCUGCAGAUGGUAGCUGGGGGUACCCUGGCCGACUGGUCCUAUCAAUGAAGGGAUUUGUGCUGUCAGCAUGUACAUUCUUGUCCUCAUUCAGGCCUGUCUUCCCUGCUUCCUCAUCUCACCAAUAAACUUAUAUAACUCA